AUGACGCAAGUACGUAUUACAAGCUCCACCCCGCAACUCUCUCGGGCCGCGGCGAAGGCCUCCACACCACUCAGACCCAUCCUCAAGUCGUCGUCAUCGUCGGCUUUGGUCGGCACCGCAAGAUCCAGUCAAGAUGCUGGCCUCGACCUCGACGGCAAUAUGGGCACCCCGCAGAGCCCGCGCAAGCGCCAGAGGGUUGAGUUCGAUCUAAACAUCACCGAGAUUCACGAGGUCGGCACGCGAUCCGUCGAGGAGAUCAAGCGCGAGAUUAGGAGAGCCUUGGACCGCCACGACCGCGGCGACGAUGAGGAUUAUGACAUGUUGAAAGAGACGCUAUCUGGGAAGGAACCGUCAUACGAGGACGACGAGGACGAGGACGCGGAUCCUGCCCUCCCGACGAAGCAAUGCCAAGAACUUAAGAUCUCCUUGAUGUCGCUCGGUACCUUUUCACCUCGUCUCGGAAGGUCAUGCGACGGCCUUGUCAAGAGCGUCCUCCAGUGCCGGUGGCUCGGCCGAGACGAAAGUUUCGCCAAGAUUUACGUUCAGUUUCUCGCCGCUCUCGUCAGCGCGCAAGGUGCCCGCCUCACGCAGGUUCUGUCGUCCAUCACUGAAAGAUUCGUCGACUCUCGCCCAUCCGACUGGGCCGUGCCUAGCUAUCCGGACGUCAGCCGGGAAGUGGUGCAGGAGAGGUUGCACGUUGCAUUGCGAUACAUAUUACAAUUAUUUCCUGCGGCUAAAUCCGUCCUCGAACACCUUAUCGGCACCAAAUAUCCUUUCCACGACGAGUCCAAGCGGAUGCACCUGGCCUAUGUCGACAACCUCUUGAGGUUACGAAGUUAUUGUCCCGAUCUGGCGACCGACAUAAUGGAUCUGAUCAUCAGCCGGCUGGUCAAGAUAGACGUGGAAAUGCAGAUGGACCUCGACGACAUGGACGAUAGACUCACUGCAAUGGUUGCGAUUUCCUUGAAGUCUUCUCGUGCUAAUGGUGACGAUGAUGAAGAGGACCUGUCUGAAAGCGACACGGAAUCGGUGCAUAGCGGCGACUCGGAGGAAGAGAACACGCGCGUCAAACUAGCCAGGGAUAAUAUUGAGAAGAUGGAUUCGAUUCUAGAUACCCUUUUCGAGCUCUACACACCCACAUUCGCCGACCCACAGUCGGACGAGGCUCUCGAGGCAUUCCGAGACCUGCUAUCGGAAUUUUCAGACUUCAUCUUGCCCACGAUCAAGUCGCGACACACGCAGUUCCUCAUAUUCCACUUUGGCCAAAAAUCUGAGCGGCUCAUGGACGCGUUCUGCGGUACCUGCAUCAACAUCGCUUUCGAGUCGCACCGCCCUCUGAUUCUACAGCAAGCGGCCUCCGCCUACCUCGCGAGUUUCGUCGCCCGCGGAGCCCACGUGCCUGGCCACAUCGUCAUCAAGAUUUUCGAGGUGCUCGGGUAUCACCUGGACCGAAUGCGGUCCCUGUACGAGACAUCGUGCCGCGGCCCGGACGUGUGCAGAUACGCGCCGUUUUACGCGCUGAUGCAGGCGCUGAUGUACAUCUUCUGCUUUCGGUGGCAGGACCUCAUCAGCUCGGUGCCGGACGAGGUUGACGAGGACGACCUCGCGUCGUAUUUGGAUCAGGAGAUCGAGUGGGAACCGGAAAUCAAGGACAUCAUGAGACGCAACAUCUAUUCGAAACUGAACCCACUCAAGGUGUGCUCUCCCGUCAUCGUCGACCAGUUCGCGAGGCUGGCGCACCGGUUCCGGUUCAUGUACGUGUACCCGCUCAUAGAGUCGAAUAAGCGCCUCCGGCUGUCUCAGUUCUCGGCCGGGACGUACUCGAGCGGAGGGGCGCUGCGGGACCUGUCGUUCGACAUGAACGACGAGAGCUGGCAGCGGCUCGGGUCCUUCUUCCCAUUCGACCCGUACCAGCUCCCCCUGAGCAAGCGGUGGGUGGAAGAGGACUACCUCGUGUGGCGGCCGAUACCGGGCCUCAACCAGGACGAGCAGGACUCGGACAGCGGCGGAGACGAUCAAGAUGACGAGGAGGCGGAUGUCGAAGAGGGCACGGCCACGGACAGCGAGAACGGAGAAGAUGAAUGA